AUGAAAUGUAGCCUGGAUUCUCUCGCUCCCGAACUUAUACAGCAAAUCGGUACAGAGCUGGGAAAGGAUGUAACGAAACUGCGCCUCGUUUGCAAGAGGAUGAGCGCCGUGCUCGAAUCGCACAUUCUCCGGUCGAUUUCCAUUAAUAUUACGAAAAAUCGACUCGACACUGGCAUUUCCCAGCUCACGACACUGGCUACACAGAGUAGCGAUUCUGCUUCAGCUACAUUUAAGCUGCACGUCCGCAACCUUUGUCCCUCAAUGGAUCCAUCCGAUCACUCCGCACGCUAUGUAUUCGACUCCGAUAUACGGAAAUGGCUGGAGAAGGCGCCCAGUCCAGACCCUCCUGACGUGAAGAUUGCAGAGGAAAAGAUGUUGGCCAUGCUCCAUGUAGCUAUCGCCUCUUUAAGCAACUUGCAGAGUCUCAAAUGGAACGUUGGUCAACACGAUUCAAAGUGGACACCAGCGGCUGUCGUGGAUGCAAUGAAAACGCUUCCAAGCCUCAAGUCCUUGGAAUUGGUUUUAGAAGAUGUUGUUGCAGGCCUCCAACUAGAUUCUCUACGCAAUUUGGAGAGCAUCAAGAUUUUUGGACCCAGUCAUUACUGCUUCAGGGAUAUCAUGGAGCCUCUGACGCUAUUGAUUGCAAAUUCACCGAAUCUCCACACCAUCCACGUGGGUCCGACCUACAGUUAUGGGGAUGGUCCAGCAACAACACUUCAUCGCCUCGUAAAGUUUUGCCCUUCAGAUCGCGUCUUGCCGCUGAAAGAUCUGGGUUUGCGGAGCUUGUUCGUCAAACUCGACAACAUAACUGUUCCUCAUCUUCGACAUUUGACGUCCUUGACACUACUCAAUGUUAGGACAGCGAAAUCUGAUUCGGACGCGUUGUCCAUCGAUAAUGGAGAGAUAUCUCAUCCCGACGAGAUCUGGGUGACAUUGAAGGCGAUCAACGUCCAUCUCAACGAAACCGAUGUUGACGACAGCUGCGCUGCCUUUCUCGAUUAUAUCUCUUCAUACUCGGGUUUGAAGAGGUUACGUUUGGCACCCAAUAACUUUUCAGCCCGGGAGGACUCGGAUCUUGCUGCCAACUGCUUUUACGGCUCCUCUUUAGGCAGGCAUGUGAACUCCCUUGAGGAACUCAGUGUUAGGCCCCCAUUUGAAGGAGAGUGGUGUUUUGGAGACAGGGCUCUCUUAGUGAUCUCGCAGUGCAGGAAAUUGAAGCUUCUUGAGGGUAGCCUUGUCUCAGGAUCCUUCAAAGAACCCGCGGACGAUGCUGUUAAAUCGUUAAUCGAUCUCACAACGCAAGUCCCUAGGCUGAAGAAACUGAUCAUUAAUCCCUCGAAUUUGGAGUGCUUCCGCUGGGCUAGAUGUGGUAAUCCAGCGAUGAGCCACUUUCAGUGGGUGAACACGCAGGUCUCGAGAUGCAUCAAUGAGUACGAGGCCAGUGAGUCCUUCGAACCUGUUCCUUUGAUCGUCGCGGACUCCAGGAAGUUUGUAACCGUGACGCUACCCAGUGCAAGCACAGGCGGAGUAACAUUGAGGUACCAAUGCGACUCUGAUGAAGAUGAAGAAGGCGAUUACUAG